AAACAGCUGAAACUCUAUCCAGAAGAAUCCUUAGGGUUUGCUUCUCACUCACUUUUCUUCUAUCUGCUCCGAUUGAUUCGCAGUGAAACUAUUUAUCUAUCUGGCUAUAAGCUGUUGAAGUGGAUGUUAUAUACAGUUGUGGUUUGUUAUGUCUGGUGAUAUGGGAGCUGAGAAAAUCUCUACCCACAUGGAGGAGAGUUUAAAAGCGGAUCCAGAUACUUUUAAAGAAUCUAACUUGGUGGAGAUAGGAUCAAACGGACCUCCUGUUCAGGAUAUGCCCGUUUCAGAUAUUAAAGAAGAAGAAGAGCCUGUGGCUUCCACCUGUGACAACGUGGACCUUCCGAAAGUGGAAACAUUUGUCUCUGGUCCAGAGGACAUCCGUCUGGCUGAUUCUCAGUUGAAAGUGGAAACAUCCGUCUCUGAUCCUAUGUCAUCCGCAUUUGAGCAAGAGGGUAUCUCUUCUCAACCAUCUGUUCUGGCUGAUUCUCAAUCAAUAGUUGAAACAUCUGUCUCUGGUCCUAUGUCAUUCACGUUUGAGCCAGAAGGCGUCUCUUCCCAACCUUCUGUUUCGGCUUAUUCUCAGUCUAAAGUGGAAUCAUCUGUAUGUGGUCCUAUGUCAUCUACAUUUGAGCCAGAGUGCAUCUCUUUUCAGCCCUCUGUCAUGGCUGAUUCUCAGUCAAAAGUGGAAACAUCUGUCUCUGCUCCUAUGUCAUCCGCAUUUGAGCCAGAGAGCAUCACUUUUCAACCCUCUGAUUUGGCUGUUUCUCAGUCUAAAGUGGAAACAUCUAACUCUGGUCCUGCGUCAUUCACAUCUGAGCCAGAUGGCGUCUCUUCUCAACCUUCUGCUAUGGAUGAUUCUCAGUCUUUGCAGACUCAUUUGCAACCUCUUGUUCCGCGUGGAUAUUCGAUUGAUAAAUCAUUAGCUGCCUGUCGCAGUCCAAGGUCAUUUCAGCUAACAGGGAAGCGGAAGUUACCACCAGAGUCUACUACUCUUGGUGGUUCUGCAUCCGAGAAACCACCAAACAAGCGAGUGGAAUCAGUGCAUCACAGACCAUGGCUAGAACAAUUUUAUUCAGCAAGUAUUCAGCCGCCUCACAUGCCAUCUACUACUCUUUCUCCCAAGACGGAACAUCCACAAGUGCCUGCCAAGAAAGUGAAGCAAAUGGAACCAGCUUCCCAGAGGAAGCAAGCGAUGAACAAGAAGCAAACUGGCCCAUCACAAGGUUCAACAAAGUUACAGAAUGAAGGAAACGAGUCCUUGAGAUCGAAAAUGAAGGAGUCAUUAGCAGCUGCUUUGGCUUUGGUUCAUGAGCAUGAGGAAUCUCCAAAAGAGAAAAAGAAUUCAGAAAUUGAUGAAGGAAGUGCUCCAGCAGCUGAAAGUAAUGAACCUGCCUCAGCCUGUGGUGUCAGUGUUCCACCAGAUGAAGGCAACAUGGCGGGAUUGUCCACAAGGGAUGAGAGUUCUGAGCAGAAGGAUGUCAACGGAAGCAUAUUGCCGCAACAGACUUCUAAUGACACAGAGAUGAAUUAUGUUAAUCAAUCAGAUGUAGAGAAAACUCAAUAUGAUGAUGUUUUCCCUUGUGAUGAUGGUCCUUUUAGCGGUAGUUAUCUUUCCAGUGAUGAGCUUCUACAGGGUAACGGCCUCUCAUGGGUUUUGGAGCCUGUUUCAGAUCUCGAGGAGAGGAAAGAGAACGAAACUGGUGGUGAGAAACCGUUUGAGGAUCCAAACCUCUUGGCAACUAAAAUAGAGUUGGAACUGUUUAAACUAUUUGGAGGCGUUAACAAGAAGUACAAAGAGAAGGGAAGGUCUCUCUUAUUCAAUCUGAAAGAUAAGAACAAUCCUGAGCUAAGAGAGAGUGUCAUGUCCGGAAAGAUCUCUCCUGAGAGGUUGUGUUCCAUGACCGCCGAGGAGCUUGCUUCUAAGGAGCUGUCUCAGUGGCGACAAGCGAAAGCGGAAGAGAUGGCUGAGAUGGUUGUCCUGAGGGAUGCAGACAUUGAUGUCAGAAGUCUUGUGAGGAAAACGCAUAAAGGUGAGUUCCAGGUGGAAGUUGAUCCUGUUGAGAGUGAGAUGGUGGAUGUCUCUGCUGGGAUUACCUCACGUAGUAGACCUCGAACCAAAGCCAAAACCACUCUAAAUAAAAAUGACUCAAAUGAUCAGAAGGGAAGUUCUGACCAGGAGGCAAUGACUCUGCCUUCAAGUACGGAGGAGACUGAUCUAAUGCAAGGUUUGUCAAUGGAUGAUGAGAUGAAGGAUGUGGGUUUCCUUCCUCCAAUUGUAUCGCUUGACGAGUUUAUGGAGUCUCUGAACACAGAACCUCCUUUUGGAAGCCCACAACAUGGGGAUGAUGUGAAGGAGGAAGUGGCUGCAUCUGAAAAGAGUAACUCAGGAGCUGUUUCAAAUUUGAAGUCUCCUUCAAAAUCUCCUAAGCAGUCUCCAAAGGAAUCUCCUAAAACAGAACUCGAAAAGGCUAUUGUAACUUCUCCAAAACCGGAUGUGGGUGUCAAACUCAGUGUUGAUGUCUCUAAACCUGAAGAAGCAUCUUUGGUAGCUAGCAACAAAGAAGAACAAAUAUGGAAUGGUAUACUGCAGCUUAGUGCCUCAUCAGUUGUCUCAGUCACCGGAAUUUUCAAGAGUGGUGAGAAAGCAAAGACAAGCGAGUGGCCAACGAUGGUGGAGGUAAAGGGUAGAGUGAGACUCAGUGCGUUUGGGAAGUUUGUACAAGAGCUUCCAUUGUCUAGAAGCCGUGUCUUAAUGGUAAUAAACGUGGUUUGUAAAGAUGGCAUCUCUCAGAGCCAACGUGACAGCCUUUUUGAGGUUGCCAAGUCAUACGUUGCUGACCAGAGAGUUGGUUACGCAGAGCCAACUUCAGGCGUGGAGCUUUACCUCUGCCCUUCACGUGGCGAAACACUAGACUUGCUUAGCAAAGUCAUCUCCAAGGAGCAUCUCGAUGAGGCCAAGUGUUCAGACAACAUCGGUUUGAUCGGUCUUGUUGUCUGGAGGCGUGCAGUCUCGUCUCCUGCCGCACGUCAUAAGCCAGGAGUCAAACGUCAGCACUCCUCUUUAAAGAACCAGCCUCCUGUUGUUACUGGCACCAAGAACAAAAAUUCUAGUAGUACUAGUCUGAAUGUAAAGAAUCAUCAGCCUCCUCCUAUUGUUGCUGUUACUACGUCCAUUGGGAAUCAUGGUUGUGAAGAUGAUGAUGAUGGUGAAGAUUUGCCACCUGGAUUUGGUCCAGCAGCUGUGAAAGACGACGAUGAUUUACCAGAGUUUAACUUCAAUACUUCCACUGCACCACCGGUUACUUCUUCUCCCCGGCCAGCAGCGCCGCAAUCUCGGUCUUUGAAUCAAGUAAGGGAGCUCAUACUCAAGUAUGGAAACUCAACAGGUAAUAAUGCCAAUAAACAACCAUGGAAUGGUCAAGAUGAUGAUGAUGAUGACGAUAUUCCUGAAUGGCAACCACAAGUGUCAGGCCACCAGAUUCAACCUCCACCACCUCCUCCUGGUCCUCCAUUUCAUAGCAGAGCCAUGGCCAGACCACAAGGACAUGUUGCGGGACCAUCAGAUGGAUGGAGGGCUAACCAAAACGCACCUAGGCAACAACAACAGUACAGUGUACGUAGGAACAGAGGGUUUUGAUUUGUGUGAAUGCGUUUGUUCCUCCCUGUAAUAUAAUAGUUUGUGUUUUUGUUUAGAUGUAUUGACUUUCUCGGUCUUUGUUUGUAGCUUUGUAUUU